AUGAUGACCCCAUAUAGGGGUAGAGGCCGCGGUUAUGGCCGUGGUGGGAGAGGGAGUAACAAAAUGUUACCCCAGCCAGAAUCAAACAUUCCUCUAAUAGGGGAUUGGACUACCGUCUACAAAGGUAGAAAAAUGCAGCAAUUACCUGCAUCUUCAGCAAAAAAGGAAGAUAUUGCUUCCUCUUCCUCUAAUAAAACUACAUCCUACAAGGAAGUUGCGGUUAAUAACCCACCUCAAGAACAAAUGGAUUAUUUCGAAAAUCCAGUAACUGAGAAAAUCAUGUAUAUUGAUGAUGAAGAUAUAAAGAUAAAUCCAAAUGAUGGUUGGUCCAUCAAAACUAGAUACCUCGAAUCAAGAGGAUAUCCAGGUCUUCAUGGAAAAUCUAGGCCCAACCUAGAAAUUCUCCUGACUGUUACCGAAUCGGUAACAAUUACUCACCAUUACCAAAACAAUAAUCCUGAAAGUUUUAUAAACUUCAGUAAAUGUCACAUUAACAAAAUUUUGUUACCAAGAGAAUGGGGUCUCAACCCAAAUGCUGAAAAAGCAAUAAGAAUUGCGGAAGGAAAGUAUAUUUACUUUAAUUAUUGGGACUAUGUCCAGGCUUUCACUCAAGCCUUUUAUUACCAAAAUCCCAAGAACAAGCAUUCUUGGUUUUUCUCUAUUAAUGAAGAGAUGGUUAAUAAACCCAUACCAAAUUGGUUUUAUGAAUGGUGGGCUAAACUUGGUCCAUCUUUGGAAAUUCUUCCUACAGAAAUUCUUAACUUAUAUAAUCCAUGGUGUGAUAAUAGUCCCCUUAUUGUAAAUAUUUUAUCUGAUAAUUUAAUCACUGGACAAUGUCCAUUAUUGUUCUUUAUUAAAUUUCAGAUUCCAUGGAUAUGGAGAUGGACAAUCACCAUAUCAAGAAACAAAUUCAACAUUCCCAUUUUAGAAAGAAAUUUCUUUUAUAAAUGGUGGAACAAGAUUAGUUCAGAAGAUGUCAAAAAUAAAAUUAAAUUAAUUGAAGAAGAAAUAGCUGGAGACCAGAACAAUAAGGUCAAGGAACAAAGCUCCCAACCAAUGUCUAUGGGAAACUUGAAGAACUUCUUCAAGAGAAAAUAUCCCAAUGAAUCAGAAGACGAAAUUAUGGUCAGAAUUUUGGAUCAUAUGAAGAACCAAUUCUUCUCUACUUUUCCAUCGAAAGCAUCAAAAGAUGAGGAUUCAUCUAUGAAGACAAGCUCUUCCAUGGGAUCAAUGGAUUCCCAUAAUUUUGAAGGUUUAGCAGGAGAAGGUCAAGCAGAUGAGGCUACUGCAGAAGAUUUCUGGGAUGCCAUGAUUCAAUCUUUGAAAGAAAAAAGAAAAGCAAAGAAUUAAUUUGUGACCUUGUCUAAAUAUAAUGAAGUAAGAAUCAAUAGACAAAAGGUGAAGGACAAGAAAUAAUAGAAGAAGAAUCUUUCCAAAAGAAAAAGGACAAGAGAAUCUUAUCUUGUCUUUAAUAAUUUCUAAGCAUAAUUGCAUGCAUUUUCUAUCUUUUGUAAAAGACAAGGGAAAAAGAAUCUUAUCUUGUCUUUAAUAAUUUCUAGGCAUGCAUUAGUUUUGUAGUUUCUUGUUAAUUGUUGUGACGAUGGGGCCCCAAGUGUACCCGACAAUAAUUAUACAAGUUACCGGCUAUUGUAAGUUUUAGUUACCGGCUUAAAUAGUAAGCCUUUUCUUCCCUAUAUAAAGGGAUUUAAGUUUCAUUUGUAAAAACACCUUCGAAGAAAAAAUAUAAAGUUUCUCAAAAUAUUGUCUAUACCUUUUUCUAUAUAAACAUUCCGAUCCUGCUUCCGCUUAUAAAAACUUUGGUAUCAGAGCCUGGACUUGCCAAAUAUAAGGUAUAACCUGUUUAAGAAUUCCUCCAUAGCCUAAGUCUGAAGCAUCAGUUUCAACAAUUUUGAAAUACUUUGGAUUAGCAAGAGAUAAACAAGGCAAACAUUUCACCUUAUUUUUAAUUCUUUGGACUGCCUGAGAAUGUUUUUCAGUCCAAGGGCCAGGAUUCUUUUUAAGCCUAGCAUGUAAUAUUGCCGUAUCUUUAGCUAGAUUUUCAUAAUAAUCUGCUAUGUAAUUUAGGCUACCAAGAAACCUUUGUAAUUGUUUCUUAUCUGUAAUAAUAUUAGGGAAUUUUGAAGCAAAUUCAAUACUUCUUUGUAUAGGAACUAUAGUUCCUUGGUCAA